GACUGCGCCGCCAGACGCCGGCGCCAUGGAGGAGUACGCUCGGGAGCCUUGCCCAUGGCGAAUUGUGGAUGAUUGCGGUGGAGCCUUCACUAUGGGUGUCAUUGGCGGCGGAGUCUUCCAGGCCAUCAAGGGCUUCCGCAAUGCCCCAGUUGGAAUUCGGCACCGGCUGAGAGGUAGUGUCAAUGCUGUGAGGAUCCGAGCCCCCCAGAUUGGAGGUAGCUUUGCAGUGUGGGGGGGGCUGUUCUCCACCAUCGACUGUGGCCUCGUGCGGCUACGGGGCAAGGAGGAUCCCUGGAACUCCAUCACCAGUGGAGCAUUGACCGGGGCUGUGCUGGCUGCCCGCAGUGGCCCACUGGCCAUGAUGGGCUCAGCGAUGAUGGGGGGCGUCCUGUUGGCCCUCAUCGAAGGUGUUGGCAUCCUCCUCACUCGCUACACAGCCCAGCAGUUCCGAAAUGCACCCCCAUUCCUGGAGGACCCCAGCCAGCUGUCCCCUAAGGAGGGUAGCCCGGCCUCAGGCUAUCCCAGCUAUCAGCAAUACCAUUGAGGAAGCCACCGCCUGCCACCGCCACCAUGGGAGCUGCUCCUCGCUUCCCUCCCCGCUGAUCUACCUCGAAGGGAGGGCUGGCUCCCAGUUAGCCCUGGGACCCUCCAGAGAGGGCUUCUACUGUGCUCCCUUGUCCCAGGGUGGGGGUGGGGCACCCCAGCUGCCCUGACAGAUGGGUCCCCUUUUUCCUCUCUCAGGGCACCCCAGCCCCACACUUACAUGUAACAAGCUCUCACCCCAACUCCUUUGUGUGGCACCCUGAUGAGUAUUUAAAGCCAGUUUUGAAAUGCCU